UGUUUACUCGAAGAGAAACAAACAAGCUACAGUACGACACGUGUGUUUACAUACAGAAGUUUGCGCCGGCUGAACUGGGCUGAACAGCAUUAAGUUAACAUUGAUUAUUACAUGACUUUGUUUCUUUGUAAUCACGAUUUAUAUGGAAACUAAUACUAUAAAGAGUGGGCAAUGGGUUGCCCUGCAGAGAGAAAACUACGUCAAAGUGGUGCAGGUGACAGAAAAAUCGCACAUAUCACUUGGCAGGGAUAUCGUCGAGCUAGGUAACUUGAUGGGAAAGUCAGUAUGGAGCACAUAUUCCAUGGAGGCAGCCAAGAGAAUCAGGGGGGAGCGUCGAUUUCAACUGGUUGAAUGUCCUAUCUCGGAGUACGAGCAGAGUUUGGUGCAAGUCUUGGUAGACGAUAGCAAAGACACAGAGGGCAAAGACAACAGGUUCAUCAAAGAUGAUGGUCAAAGCCAGAAGCUUUCCAGAGAAGCAAUCGUAGGCAUGCAAGCCGAGGGUGUGUCUGCAAAAGAUAUUGUAGGGCAACUGGUGGAAAACAGCUCUACCUUUGAGCAAAAAACAGUUUUUGCCCAAGAAAAAUAUGUUUCUAAGAAGCAGAGGAAGUAUAAGAAGUACGUCCUGGUACGUCCAACAUCCAACAGACUUGUGACGCAGGCUCUGUGCAAUUUGUCCCCGCAAGAGCAGAACCCGAAGCAUAUGAGCCUCCGACAGGACUCUUUGUCUCUCAUUGUGUCCCUGAGCGGCGUACAGGCAACCACAACGCCCAGCACCUUCCUCCUGUUUGAGUCAGGAUCACAAGGGAUGGUCACUAGUGCUAUGAUAGAACGUCUAUCGGCAACUUCUGACGCGCACCUGAUUGUAUUGAGCUGCGCAAGAGGCACCGACAAGACAAUCGCGAUUCAGGCUAUGAACUACUCGCCUGAGCUCCUUUCAAAGGUGCACUACUUGAGCCUAUCUGAAUUCCUCAAAUCAGCUACUGAAUGUGGAAUUUUGCCUCUGAAGGAGAAUGGUGAAAAACAAGAGGAAGGGCCCUUAGCAAAGAGAGCCAAUUCCGAUUAUGAAGCUGAAAUUUCACUAGUGAUGGAGCGGCUGCGAUCAGACAAGGCCGCUGCACUAAUUGUGGUGGCGAAAGAGAACCCAAUCAAUGUGUGCACCCAUUUACUACCAUUAGUCGAGCUGUCAAGACCGUUCGUCAUCUACUCACAGUUCAAAGAGCCACUGCAAGAGGCUUACAUGAAACUGAAGGCGGACAAAAAUGUCACUGCCCUUAAGCUGAAAGAGCCCUGGCUGCGAAAAUAUCAAAUUCUUCCUGAGAGAACUCACCCAGAGGUGCUGAUGAGUGGCUCUGGAGGCUUUAUAUUACAUGGACUAACUGUUGAAAGUACAUAAAAUUUCAGCCGAAAAUAAAAUGACAACUCUAUGAAAUG